AUGGAAGCAUUCGAAUACAACGCAUCCCCAGCCCGAGUCAUCUUCGGCAGCGGUACCCUCUCCCGACUCUCAGAGGAAGUAGCACGACACAGAGUGAAGGCCCCCCUCAUCGUAUCGACACCACAACAAGUCGAUCAAGCAUCUCAGCUUAAAGAUCUCCUCGAUGGCAAAGUCGCAGGUGUCUUCACUGAAGCAACAAUGCACACCCCCUACACCAUCACAGAGAAAGCUCUGGCGUACACGAAAUCCGUAAACGCCGACUCAGUCAUCUCAAUUGGAGGGGGGAGCACAAUUGGGCUUGGGAAGGCGAUAUCCAUAAGGACGGGACUACUACAUAUCUGUAUCCCAACGACAUAUGCAGGUUCGGAAAUGACGCCUAUUCUUGGGGAGACAGAGGGUGGGCAGAAGAUUACGAGGAGCGAUCCUAAGAUUUUACCUGGGGCAGUCAUCUAUGACGUUGAUCUCACAAUGACUCUUCCUGCGGGUAUGAGUGCUACAAGCGGUGUCAACGCAAUUGCGCAUUCAGUCGAAGCUCUCUACGCCCGUAACACCAACCCCAUCAUUUCCCUGCUAGCUAUCGAAGGUAUAAAAACUUUGGCAGCCUCACUGCCCAAGAUCGUCGAAUCACCUUCGGACAUUACAUCCCGCCAAUCCGCCUUCUUCGGUGCCUGGUUGUGCGGCACCUGCUUAGGCACAGCCGAGAUGUCUUUCCACCACAAACUAUGCCACACCCUCGGUGGCUUCUUCAACAUGCCGCACGCGGAAACACACACAAUCAUCCUACCUCAUGCGUUAGCCUACAAUGCCCCUGCUAUACCUGAAGUUAUGAAGAGGUUAGCAGAUGUAUUGCCAGGCAGUGGUGGCGACGCGAUAAAGGGGUUAAACGCACUGUUAGAGCGGCUGAAGGUUAAGAGGGGUUUGAAGAGCUUUGGGUUUAAGGAGGAGGAUUUGGAUAAGGCUGCCGAGAUUGCGGUGGAGAAUCCGUAUUGGAGUCCGAGGGUGAUUGUAAAGAGGCCAAUCAGGGAACUCCUGAGGAGAGCGUGGGCUGGGGAGGAGGCGAGAACAGAUUUGUAA